AUGUCACUCGAUCUUGCCUGGGACGAGCUUGAUGGCGCACUCGCUCAGAAGCUCGUAGACAUUCUCAAUAAGCACCUUGCCGAUGCGCCUCGUCCAUCAUUCAUUGGGCCUGUUGAGGUCACAGGCCUAGACUUUGGCGCCGUGUGUCCAGACAUCGAAGUUGUAGACCUGCGAGAUAUAUAUCGGGAUUUCCUGGAGGAUGAUGAAGAUACCGAUAGUCGGGGAGAAGCGAAGAAGAAGGCUGGUAAAGGAGGAAAGGAUAUUGGUGAUGUAGAGCUAGAGGAGGACGAGUACGAAUGGGUUCCCCGACGGGAUGUGGAAUUAGCUGCGGCGUAUGAUUCACCAGCGUAUCACCCAUUAACACCGCACAUGCGCUAUGGACGCGCAGCGAGUGUUCCUGACCUUGCGGAUUUGAGGCCUGGACUGGCUGUGUCUUCUUCACUUUCCUCUAAUCCUGCUCCAACACCAGUCCCGGAUACAAACGAAGGUACACACCCGAAUAUCCAAAUCCAUCUACGCGUUCUGCAUCACUCGGACUUAAGAAUAUCUAUAACGACUUCUUUGCUGAUUAACUACCCCGCUCCUCUCUUCCUUUCCCUGCCUAUUAAACUCGCUGUCACUGGUCUAGAGCUCACGGGUGAAGUCGUCCUCGCAUACGAAGGCGCCUCUUCACCUCGACGAGUGCACUUCUGUCUCUUAGACGACUUGGAUCCAUACGGACUCGCAAUGGGUGCAGGUUCAUCUGCGUCGCGUGAUGGAGCAGACCCAGCAACGAAGCCUUUACCCAUCGGACAACGCUUACUACCGUCGAUUUUCAUUGAGAGCGAGAUUGGACAGGCGGAUAAACAUGUGUUGAAGAACGUUACGCGAGUGGAGAGGUUCAUACAGGAUGUCAUUCGGAAGACGGUUGAGGACGAGCUUGUGUUUCCUAAUUUUCAUACGAUCAUCCUCGGAGAUUGA